AUUUUGGUGGGUUCGGAGUCACUUGCGCCGUCUAUUAUUCUUAAACCCAAGAUUCGCCUGCGACCGUAGCAGAGACUGAGAAAGUGGAAGAUGGUGUUCUCGGAGUUCAGGCCGCUGGACGAGAAGUCGCUGGUGGAGUACAUCAAAGCGACCCCGAUUUUGUCCUCGAAGCUCGGCGACAAGUUCGACGACUUGAAAAUCAAGGAAGUUGGUGAUGGCAAUCUCAACUUUGUCUUCAUUGUCGUUAAUGAUUCCGGUUCUUUCGUCAUCAAGCAGGCACUUCCAUACAUACGAUGUAUUGGUGAAUCUUGGCCGAUGACGAAGGAACGGGCGUAUUUCGAGGCAUUAGUACUGAAAGAGCAUGGCCGAUUGUGCCCUGAACAUGUGCCGGAAGUUUAUCAUUUUGACCGUACUAUGUCUUUGAUUGGCAUGAGAUACUUGGAGCCACCGCAUAUAAUUUUAAGAAAAGGGUUGAUUGCUGGAACUGAAUAUCCAUUGCUUGCUGAACACAUGUCGGAGUACAUGGCCAAGACUCUUUUCUUCACAUCUCUGUUAUAUCUUACAACCACAGAGCACAAACGUUCUGUUGCUGAGUUUUGUGGGAAUGUCGAGCUAUGCAGGCUCACUGAGCAGGUUGUUUUUUCUGACCCAUACAAAGUAUCACAAUAUAAUCAUUGGACUUCUCCUUACCUAGAUCGUGAUGCUGAGGCUGUCCGGGAGGAUAAUGUUUUAAAGGUUGAAGUGGCUGAGCUAAAAUCUAAGUUCUGUGAAAGAACCCAAGCCCUUGUUCAUGGCGAUCUCCAUACUGGGUCUAUUAUGGUCACUCAUGAUUCAACUCAAGUUAUAGAUCCAGAGUUUGCAUUUUAUGGACCAAUGGGAUUCGAUAUUGGUGCUUUUAUUGGGAACUUGAUUUUGGCUUUCUUUGCACAAGAUGGACAUGCUGAUCAAGUGAAUGACCGAAAAGCAUACAAGGAAUGGAUAUUGAAGACAAUUGAUGAUACAUGGACUCUUUUUUAUAAAAAGUUCACUGUGCUAUGGGAUGCGCACAAGGAUGGGCCUGGCGAGGCUUAUCUUCCAGGAAUUUAUAACAACCCUGAGCUUCAGAAGCUUAUACAAGCAAAGUACAUGGAAGAUUUGUUCCAUGACACACUUGGAUUUGGUUCUGCCAAAAUGAUAAGGAGAAUUGUUGGUGUGGCCCAUGUUGAAGAUUUUGAGUCAAUCAAAGAUGCUGGCAGAAGAGCAGAUUGCGAGCGACAGGCUCUUGAAUUUGCAAAGAUGCUUCUCAAGGAACGGCGAAAAUUCAAGGCAAUUACCGAAGUUGUUUCAGCCAUUAAGCAACUCCAAACAUGAGAAAAUUAUGGUAAAACUCAUGGUCUGCACCGCAUUGGCUUUUAAUGUAUAUCCUGAUAUCCUGUCUCUAUGUGACUAAAACAUUGGACAUAAGGUGCAUGUAAACAUGGAUAUAUUGGUAAGAGUUUUCGUACCUGGUAUGUUUUGACAGUAAAAAUGGUCAAAUGUGUUACAGGAACUAUUAUUGCUUUGAAAAGAAGUGUUUUUGUCAUGAAAAAGUUGAACCUUUUAAAUUGAAUGGACUGGUUUAUCCUUGCUUUCCUCAAAUUAAACCAGUUCUGAAUUC